AUGAGUGAUGUUGAAACGGCCUCUUCGCUACCGGAUGCUCUAAACUCCCAUCACAGAGCUAGUCUGCACCUCGCACCCGAAACCACCCUGGCUGUGACUCAAAAGGCGACUCCGAACGGAGAUGGACGGUCUACGCUCGAGGACGUGGCUGUAAACGACGACGCCGUGAGCGUCAAGGCUGAUUCUGAAGCAGAGACGAUUAUUCAGUCUGGCAGGGAGGAACUGUCUCCGGAGAAGAAGAGGACCUAUAUCCGACACGUCCCCGGCCAAAAUGAGAAGAAGGAAUCAGAAAAUGGCAUCCGAAGGGCUCCCAAGUUCGGACAGCCCGGUAAUUGGCAGCUUGGGAAGAGGAAACGACCGGAUCACGAUAAUGACGACUCCAGAUCGGCUCUACGGAGUAACCCGAGUUCACGGGCCUCGAGUCCUCUCCCGGCCCUGAAGCAGGAAAAGACAGACGAUCCCCAGGUGUUGUCUAUACUGCAGACGCCGUUAUCGCCUCGUGCUGAUGGUGCUACUGAGGAAAAGCCAAAUGAUAAACUCAAGUACCAUAGGAAACGGGAAGGCGCUAGUGUUGACACCAGAGACGCGCCCGGCGAAAGGCGCAGAUAUCACCACAGGUCUGCCUCUGCCAGCAACGGGCCCGAUGGCGAACCUGACCUCUAUCCCUCGCGUCAUCAUGAUAACAGAUCUCCCUCUCCCCCGAUUCGCUCACACAAGAGGGUAACCUCUGAUUCUAUACACUCUCCACCUCCUCCUAAUAUACAGAAGAAGAGAAAGGCGCCUCCUCAACCUCUAAUCGACCAAAGAUACCACCCUUCAGAAGGCAGGGCCUCGCCCUUUUCUGCCUCAAGCGCCGGCUCCCCUCCACCAAAUGCAUGCGCGCGUAGACUUGCCUCCUGCGACACCUACCCUUUCUCUCCUAUAAAGCAAAUGCAAAACAAAAAGUUACGCGACCAGAAUGGUCGAACACGGCUGGCGAGAGCAUGUGCGGCGCAGGAAGUAGAGGCUGCCAAGUCAAGACAGGCCGAACGACCUGAGGAUCUCAACGUUCCCGACAAUGCUGGGAAUACGCCACUCCAGAUCGCUGCGCUUGAAGGAUGUGCUGAAAUAGUAAAGUUUUUGAUUGAGGCUGGAUGUGACAUCCAUACAAAGAAUAUCGAUCGCGAUACUCCUCUCAUCGAUGCUGUGGAAAACGGGCAUUUGGACGUCGUUAAGAUCCUUCUAGAUGCUGGCGCAAAUCCUCGUGUUGGUAACGCCAAGGGCGACGAGCCUUACGACCUUGUUCCGUCUGAUAAUGAAAAUCGAAACGAGCUGCGGCGCGUUCUUGCUGAUGCGAAAUCCCAUGGAAAUCGACGCCGGAAAUCAGAUGAUAUAAGUGGCCAUGGGACUGCUUCAACCAAAGAUCCCCGUUCCCGAGGAGCUUCUGCUGCAAGCUCUCCUGAUUCCCCUCCGCCCCAUACCGCUCAAAGCCCUCCCCCGCAAUUUGGUCGACGAAAAACCGUUAGGAGUGAGGCCACUCGGAACGAUUUACUGUGGACGAAGCCUACCUUCGAAAACCUUCGAGGCUUUGCGGCGAAAGGCGACAUGGCUGGAGUAGCGACAAUCCUCAACAUUCUCCAAAAGGCGGACACGGAAUCCCUAAUUGCGGCAGCGAAGGGCGGCCAUGAUGAAGUUCUCGGGCUCUUGCUUGGAAUCGGAAACCCAGACCCGGACCCGGAGCCUUUAGCUUCAGCAAAUCACAGACCUGGUCAUGAUACACCCAUGUUAGCUGCGAUCGGAAGAGGUAACAUCGAUGUGGUUAAGCUUCUUUUGAACCAACCGGGAUUUGAUCCUACUCGUACGGACCCUGAAGGCCGCCGGUUUUUCGAGCUCGCUCAGGACCGCAAAGGAGAUAACUGGGGGAUGGAGUACAAUAUAUUGAAGGAAGCGUAUGAUAAACAUGUCAGCAAAUAUUCCAACCGUCGAAGAAUCGAGUCUAGAUCUCCCCGAAGGUCUCGUGACACCCUCAAGGUAGCCAAACGGCCAGAUCGAGAUUCAGCAUCGCCAGCUUCGAUUAUGCGCAAGAACCCUGGUAAAAGCCCUGCACCCCAUCGUCAGAACGAGGACGGGUCAAAGGAUAUCAAACUGCAAAAGGAGAGGAGGUCCGAUAGCACUUUGCCCACGAAGGACAGGUCGAGUUUAAAUAAAGGAUCAGGCCGAGAAGACUCUCAAAGUGUUGCUGAUGAGCGGGAUAACGGCCACACCGACAGAAAGCAAAAAAUUCCGUCUGAUUCACGUAGCCCACGAGAGUCGACCCCACAUAAGCCGGGUGAAGAGCCAGUCAAGCGUCGACGCCUCAUUGCUGGACGCCCACCGCCAGAUCACGCCAAGCGACGACCAAGCUUGAUGUCAUCAGACUCAUUCUCGGGCCGCGAAGAUGCAUCGAAGGCUGGGGCUGAGGAUUCGAACGAGAAUAGCCAAAGAUCAGAAAAACGCAACUCCAUCUUGAAACGUGCCCGAAGUAGUGUCUCGCCAAAGCCAACUAAGCCACGAAAUAAUGACCAUGAUGAGCCUCGUGAUAAACAUGUCAAAAAGCGACGAAUACAUUCAAGCGAGCUUUCAAGCCACUCGACCAGUGAAGCAUCGAAAUCCAAGACUGAAGGUGACACACAGUCAUCAAAACCGCGCCCUGCUCAUCGUGACAACCCAGACGCUAAAUCGGAAAAUGCCAAACCAUCUGAUCACGCGACAAGUCAUACUGACAAACAUCAUUUGAACUCUCGUGACGCUACGACUACGAAGCCAAAGCAUAGAUUAUCAGAUUCGGGAGUUAAAGCCGAGAGUCCCUCUGAAAACAAUACAGGUAGUAAAGCUAGAGCCGAAAGAGAAAUCGAAAAGGAGCGUGUUGCCGCCGCCGAAGCUGAACGUGAGCGCGUGGAAAAGGCAAAGGCAGCAAAAGAAGCAAAAGAAGCAGAAGAAGCCAAGAUAGCUGCUGAAAAGGCUGCCAUUAUUGCUCGCGAGAAGGCUGAAGAGGAUGAGCGGAAGCGCGAUGAAGAACGGAAGCAGCUUGAAGAGGAGCGAAGGCAAGAGGAAGAACGCAAACGCAAGGAGAUAGAGCAACGGCGAGCCCGCCAAGCUGAGGAAGAACACCAGCGAAGGCUUGAACAAGAACGUCUCCGGCAAAUACGCAUACGGCGAGAGCAAGAAGAGCAGGAACAGAGACGACGAGAUGCCCUACCUAACCGUCUACGUACGGCAGCCAAUCUGAUCGGUGCCAAUGACCCCAGAGCAAAAAGCCAUGGCUUUCUCAAAAAGGUCAUGCCUGUCCUGCAUGCUACACGCGACGAUCUCGAGCCGAUGUGCGAUCCUGAAUUAAGAGAUGAGAAAUGGAUUCUCAACUUCUAUGUUGCCCUCUUGCUUGCGACUAAUGAUCUUCAAUUGUCACAGUCCACCAGUGAUGAAUACUGCCAGCUUUACAAGGAAACCAAGCCUAAGUAUGAGAGGAUGGAGCAUGUUUUUUGGGUAAAGUGUUCUGAUUUUAUGGAUCUCGUCCCCCAUAUCCCCCACCUCCAUGGACUCCAUAUCAGCCUCACGGCCAUGCAUAUCGACCCGGAACCUUCACUAGCCAUGCAACAGGAGGACUCGCACCCGUCAAACCUAGAACCAAACCAUACUGCCCAGCAGCAACCCUUGGUCAACGGUGCUCCUAAGCUCAACGGCGUCCACCCCAGCUCAUGA